GGGUAAAAAACGAAAAUAUCCGAAACGCAAAUUCUCGCUAACCCAACGAUACACUGCAAUGUUUACACUGGUGAGAACAGGAAAAUUGUUAGUUAGUCUGUUUGUUAAGAGUUAACUUCGAAGCUUGUAAACAUUGAAAAAAGUUAAUCAUUAACUAUUGUCCAUCUGGUGUGAUUGACGGAAAUCAUUGGGCUUACAUCGAAAUAUUUUCAAUGGGAGGAAGGAAAAGAAGUUGAGCAAUAUUUUCAUAGAUAAUUCGUAAAUAAGUUGAAGUUUUAGCAUGUAAGAAUAAUUGGUAAAAUUCAGAUUUUUUGUUAGUCACUGAGUUAUCAUACAAGAGAUAAAAAAAUUUUGUGAAAGAAAAAGAGAUUCAAAAGAUAAAUUUAACAUGUCUCCUGAACCAACACCACAACCAAUGAAUCAAGAUUUUGUAACUGAGAAUUUAUCGAUUGAUACAGUAACAGGAAACCAUGAAUCAGAUAGUGAUGAUGAAGAAAUCGAAACAGCAGGUUAUUUACCACUUUCUCAAGUGCCAACAGAUAGCGAUAUGAUUAUUGAUCAUUAUGAUAAUGAAAAUGAGGACAAUGAUUCGAUUCCGUCAAUAAUUGAUUCUGCUAAUAUUUUAUUAUCUAUGUCCGAACCAAUAUCUCAACCUUCUUCAGAAACUCUUCACCUUUGGAAUUCAGAAUCGAAUAAUAAAUCCAAUAUUCAUCUCGAUGCUGUAAAAAUUAAUGAAGUGAAAUCAGUGAUGGCAAAUUUUACUUUACCCGAAACAGCGAUUCCAGAAUGGGCAAACACAGUGUCAGAAGAAGUAUGGAAGAAUCAACUCGUAAAUAGGAUAAAAGAAAUACAAAAAAAAUGAUUUUAAUUUGCACAUAGAUAUUUUAUUGAUAUUGUUAAAGUAGACAUGAAAAAUCGAAUUUUUUUUUUUUUCGUGAAAAUUAGUCGAAUAGCAUCUGCAGUAAAUUCCUUGGUUGAAGAAUUCGAUUCAGUUAAAUAGUAUUCAAUCAGAAAUUCCCGAUUAAGUUUUAAUGAAAUGAAUAGAAAAUUUCUGAUUGGGUCCUAUUAAAAUGAAUCUGUAAUUUCAAUUAACUCCGAUAGGAGUGAGUCGAAAGUUUUGAAUAAUUUGAUUCAGCUGGAAUUUUUGUUUCGUUUAAUCAAUCAAAUAAAAAUAAAUAUGAUUAGAAUUGAUAUUUUAAUUCCCAUGGCCGUAUACCAUUUGCAUAAAUUAGUUUUAACUAUUAAUUAAUCAAACUAUUUGAAACUCAACAAAACCCUGAUUAAAAAAAUGUAUUUGACAGGAUUAAAAAGGAUUAAAAAUUUAAUACUUUCAAAUCCUGCUAAAUACUGUAAAUCCUGCAUCAAAAUUCACGAUUAAUCAUAUUAAAUACUUUUUAAUACUAAAAUAAUCGAAAGGAGUAGAAGGAUUUGAAAGAAUUUAACUAGCAUUUAAAAUUUCUAAUUCU